AUGCAAUGGGUACGUCAUGUACCACCCUCUGACACAGAGUUGAGAAAACUCCUUGGUAAAACACAAAGAACAAAGUCAAAUAAAGCUAAGCGUUCUGAUGCAAGGAAAAAGGAAGAAAAUAAUGGAGCAUCAAUUCAAUUUAUAUCUUCUGAGCCGUUAUCCAUACCUUGCAACAUGAACAUUCAACUAAGAACAGUGAAUGUUGAUGAAACAGAUUUGAUAUUUCAAUGUUAUUAUACAGAAUACAAGUGGCUCGUUGAUUUUGCUGUGUCUGCCGUCAUAUUCAAUAUCAUCAUCGAGGGGAUUUCGUGUUUAUUUCCCGCUCUUUACGUAACGACAUCAGUACGUGUUUUGUUUCUGCUCACGGCUUCCUAUUGGUCGGGUGAUGAUUCAGGAGAAAAAUUUGUCUGCUUGACAUUUGGUGUUUUUUUCUUUGUUCUGGCGAUGGCCAUUUUGGUAGUCGAUGAAUCUAUGUUGGAGUUCAAUUUGGACUCAGGUUACGAAAUAUUCUCUGAAGAAGCUGAAUUAUUUUUGAAGAAACAAGGAUUCACACGAGAAGGUGGAUCCGCUCCAAUAUGGAUCUUUAAACUCGCGCUCGCUGUAAUCUCGGGAAUUAUCGGAGCCUUUCUCGGCUUUUCUGGCAUUAGAAUAUCAAUAAUGUUCUUGGAUUUGAUAGAGCAAUACAAAUCUAACAGGUUGCUUCUUGUCCUUUUUUAUGUAAAUUUCUUCGCUCCUCUUUGUCUUGUUUUAUUGUGGAUCAAACCCUUGGCUCGCGAAUACUUCGCGAGCAGAAAUAAUUCAUUUUCGUAAGUGAAGAAAUGACUUCCCUCAGUAUCGGACUCAAACUUUGAUAACAUUCGCAUUGGAGUCAUCUUACUUUGUUGUCUUAUGCGGUUUUUCCUUACCAAAAUGCAUCUGCAGGCUUUCUUAGACAUCGCCAAAGUUAAAGUGAAUAGAAUGAAAAGGGAAGCGGGCAGAACGAAUAGUUCUGCUUUGCAAAAAAAGAUUUUUAGUGUUUUUUAUUAUUUAUCUGUGGCUUCUCUUCAAUAUUUGACUCCAGUUAUCCUUUUGGUCUUUCUGACGAUAUCUUUAAGAACAGCAGGUACUACCGACUGGGAGUCGACCAAUGCUUUAAUGAAACGUCUUCAGAAAUCAAUGCUCGUUUCAAAUGUCACGGUGAACGCUGUUCAAAAUCUACGUCACGUGUUCGUGUCGGAACUUGUCAGAGCUGUGACGUCAUAUUUCACGUGGUGGAUAUGCCUGGCGAUGUUUAUGACGUCUGCUUUUGGUGUUGUCUAUCAUCAGGUGUUUUAUGUAUAGAUGUGUACAGUGACGGUAAGAAAUAUGGUUAUUUGUAUUGGAUUGGGAUGGAUUAUGUUGAAGUCGGAAGCUCUCGGCAGAAUUCGUAGGUAACCGACUUGUUGGCAAAUUUUAUCAUAGCUUACUCAAAUUUUAUCAAUCAUAGUCUGGG